CAAGAAGAAGAAGAAGAAGAAGGAAGGAAGGAAGAUGAAGAGGAAGAUGAAGAUGAAGAAGAAGUAGAGUAACAGAAAGAAAGAGAUCUGGGAUGAUGGAUAGCAACAACAAUAGCACAGCAAAGAGAGAAAAGAGGAGGAGGCAGAGUGAGAAAUCUCGAGCGUUGAUAUUGAUUGGAGUAAUUGUAAGCGGUAGUUUGGUUUACUAUCACUGCGCCUAUCGAGGAGCCAGCAUCGUCUCUUUGAUGUCGGACGUACUCAUCGUCCUCCUUUGCUCUCUCGCCAUUCUCGGCCUCCUCUUCCGCCAACUCACCAUCCAGGUUCCCGUAGACCCACUGGAGUGGCAGAUAUCUCAGGACACAGCCAAUAGCAUAGUGGCUUGGUUAGCUAAUACCAUUGGUGCUGCCGAGUCUGUUCUUAGGGUUGCCGCCACUGGCCAUGACAAGCGCCUCUUUUUCAAGGUGGUGAUUUGUCUUUACAUACUAUCAGCUUUGGGAAGAUUAGUUUCAGGUGUUACAGUUGCCUAUGCUGGGUUGUGCUUGUUUUGUCUGUACAUGUUAGCAGAGACGUCUCAAUCAGUGUCUCAGUUUCUGAGGGGAAGAAAUGGCAAUACAGAUACUUCAGAGCAGGAUAUCAUGUAGUCUGCUUGUUUUUUAAUUUAUCAUGUAUGGCCAUUGUUAUAUUUGUAAUUUAUCAUGUAGGCAGUCUCACUCGAUAAGUGUUAACAAAGAGUUAGCCGUAGAGAACCAAUUUCAGGUUUAAGAUUUUAUUUUUUUGGAUCUU